GGAGCGCGCAUGCGCGAAGAAAGAGCGCGCGCGCGAGAGAGAAGAGUCGCCUCAGCCCUUGUGAGGGGAGCGCGCCUGCCGGCCGCCUGAGGCGAUAAAGAGAGAGAGAGAAAGGAGAGAUGCCCGCCGUUCAGAAGACCGUGUCGGAGCUGCGGUCCAGGGCGGAGGGUUAUGAGAAGACAGAUGAUGUUUCAGAGAAAACCUCAUUAGCUGAUCAAGAGGAAGUGAGAACUAUAUUCAUCAAUCAACCACAAUUCUCUAAGUUCUGUAGCAAUCAUGUCAGCACUGCAAAAUACAACAUUAUCACAUUCCUGCCUAGGUUCCUCUAUUCCCAGUUCAGGAGAGCUGCUAAUGCCUUUUUUCUUUUCAUUGCAUUGCUUCAGCAAAUUCCAGAUGUUUCUCCAACAGGACGGUAUACAACUUUGGUUCCUCUCUUAUUUAUUUUAGUUGUAGCAGCAGUCAAAGAAAUAAUAGAAGAUAUUAAAAGACAGAAAGCUGAUAAUGCUGUGAAUAAAAAGGAAGUACAAGUAUUGAGAAAUGGAGCCUGGGAGAUUGUACACUGGGAAAAGGUUGCAGUGGGGGAAAUUGUGAAGGUGACCAAUGGGGAGCAUCUCCCAGCUGAUCUCAUCAGUCUGUCCUCAAGUGAACCGCAAGCUAUGUGCUACAUUGAAACAUCAAAUUUAGAUGGCGAAACUAAUUUAAAAAUACGACAGGGCUUACCACUAACAGCUGAUAUAAAGGACAUUGACAACUUGGUGAGACUUUCAGGCAAAAUUGAAUGUGAGAGUCCUAACAGACAUCUCUAUGACUUUGUUGGAAAUAUUAGACUAGACAGCCACGGGACUGUUCCACUGGGGCCUGACCAGAUUCUUCUGCGUGGUGCUCAACUCAGAAAUACACAGUGGGUUCAUGGAAUUGUUGUUUAUACAGGACAUGAUACAAAACUUAUGCAGAACUCAACAAGCCCACCUCUUAAACUGUCUAACGUGGAAAGGAUUACAAAUAUACAAAUUCUGUUUUUGUUCUGCAUUCUUAUUGCCAUGUCUCUGGUUUGUUCCAUUGGUGCAGCUAUAUGGAAUCAAAAGCACGAAGGCAAAGACUGGUACAUCAACCUAACCUAUGGUGGAGCUAAUAAUUUUGGACUCAAUUUCCUGACAUUUAUCAUCCUCUUCAAUAAUCUAAUUCCAAUCAGCCUGUUAGUUACACUGGAAGUUGUUAAAUUUAUUCAAGCAUAUUUUAUAAAUUGGGAUAUUGACAUGCAUUAUGAACUUACAGACACUGCUGCCAUGGCACGUACGUCCAAUCUUAACGAAGAACUUGGCCAGGUCAAAUACAUCUUUUCAGACAAAACAGGUACCUUGACGUGCAACGUUAUGCAUUUUAAGAAGUGUACUAUAGCAGGAAUAUCUUAUGGCCAUUCUCCUGAAUCGGAUGAUUUUGGCUGUACCUCCGACGAGUGCCAGAGUCCACAAGCAAGGGAAGAAAAAACAUUUAGCGACUCAUCAUUACUGGAAAAUUUGCAAAACAAACAUCCAACGGCACCUAUAAUUUGUGAGUUUUUGACAAUGAUGGCAAUUUGUCACACAGCUGUCCCAGAAAGAGAGGAUGACAGAAUAGUUUAUCAAGCGGCAUCUCCAGAUGAAGGAGCCUUAGUCAGAGCAGCUAAGCAACUCCAUUUUGUUUUUACUGGAAGAACGCCAGACUCUGUCAUUAUAGAAUCUCUGGGUCAAGAAGAAAGAUACGAAUUGCUAAACGUGUUAGAAUUUACAAGUUCUAGAAAAAGAAUGUCUGUAAUUGUGCGCACGCCAUCCGGUAAAUUAAGACUCUACUGCAAAGGAGCUGACACGGUAAUUUAUGAUCGUCUGGCUGAAAAUUCAAGAUACAAAGAAAUUACCUUGAAACAUUUAGAGCUGUUUGCUACAGAAGGUUUGAGGACCCUCUGUUUUGCUGUGGCUGAGAUUACAGAAAGUGAUUAUCAUGAGUGGCUGAACAUGUAUCAAAAAGCUACAACAUCUAUUCAAAACAGAGCCCUAAAACUUGAAGAGAGUUAUGAACUAAUUGAAAAAAAUCUCCAAUUACUUGGAGCUACAGCCAUAGAAGAUAAGCUACAAGACGAAGUGCCUGAAACCAUCGAAACACUCAUGAAAGCAGAUAUCAAAAUUUGGAUUCUUACUGGAGACAAGCAAGAGACAGCUAUUAACAUUGGACAUUCCUGUAAACUCUUGAAAAAGAACAUGGGGCUGAUUGUUAUAAAUGAAGGCUCCCUUGAUGCAACAAGAGAGACCUUAACCCAUCACUGCAGCACCCUGGGUGAGGCAUUGAGGAAGGAAAAUGAUUUUGCACUAAUCAUUGACGGCAAAACAUUAAAAUACGCUUUGACGUUUGGUGUCAGGCAGUAUUUCUUGGAUUUGGCUCUGUCCUGCAAAGCUGUCAUUUGUUGCAGAGUUUCGCCUCUGCAGAAAUCUGAUAUUGUAGAAAUGGUUAAAAAACAGGUAAAGGUAGUGACCUUGGCCAUUGGGGAUGGAGCGAAUGACGUCAGCAUGAUACAAACCGCACACGUAGGCGUAGGCAUUAGUGGAAAUGAAGGCCUCCAAGCCGCUAAUUCUUCAGAUUAUUCAAUAGCUCAGUUCAAGUACUUGAAGAACUUACUUCUGGUCCAUGGUGCCUGGAAUUACAGUAGAGUUGCUAAAUGCAUUUUGUAUUGCUUCUACAAGAAUAUUGUCCUUUAUAUUAUUGAGAUAUGGUUUGCAUUUGUUAAUGGAUUUUCUGGACAGAUACUGUUUGAAAGAUGGUGCAUAGGACUUUAUAAUGUGAUGUUUACGGCUAUGCCUCCAUUGACGCUUGGAAUAUUUGAGAGAUCCUGCCACAAAGUAAAUAUGCUAAAAUACCCUGAAUUAUACAAGACAUCCCAAAACGCUCUGGAUUUCAAUUCAAAGGUUUUCUGGAUCCAUUGUUUAAAUGGCCUCUUUCAUUCAGUAAUUCUGUUUUGGUUUCCGCUAAAAGCUAUCCAGUAUGAUACUGUGUUUGCCAGUGGUAGAACUUCAGACUACUUGCUCUUGGGAAAUGCCGUAUAUACAUUUGUGGUCAUAACUGUGUGCUUAAAAGCUGGAUUGGAGACUUCAUAUUGGACUUUGUUUAGUCAUAUAGCUAUAUGGGGCAGCAUUGUCCUCUGGAUAGUAUUUUUUGGCAUCUACUCUUCUUUAUGGCCAGUAAUUCCUAUGGCACCAGACAUGUCAGGGGAGGCCGUGAUGUUGUUCAGCUCCGGAAUCUUCUGGAUGGGCUUAUUUAUUAUUCCAGUGACAGCACUGAUAUUUGAUGUAGUAUAUAAAGUAGUGAAGAGGGCAGCAUUUAAGACCUUAGUAGAUGAAGUUCAGGAGUUGGAAGCAAAAUCACAAGAUCCGGGAGCUGUUCUGCACGGAAAAAGCUUAACUGAAAGAGCUCAGCUAUUGAAAAACGUCUUUAAGAAAAACCACGUCAACUUGUACCGCUCCGAAUCUGUGCAACAAAAUUUGCUUCAUGGAUACGCUUUCUCGCAAGAUGAAAAUGGAAUCGUUUCGCAGUCGGAAGUAAUAAGAGCCUAUGACACGACGAAACAGAGACCCGACGAAUGGUGAAGAAGGAUGAAGGACCGAAGUCACGAGAGUUCCAGUGUUUGCCAUAUCCAGCCAAAUUAAUGCAUAUUUCCUGCAUCUGCAAACAUGGUUGAGUAACAAGAUUAGGGGCAGUUGUAGGUU